CCUCGCCCACGCAGCCUUAGUGGUUUCAUCGUCCCUGUCCCAUGGCGGGCCGGCGACUGCAGCUGCCCUUGCUGUGCCUGCUCUUGCAGGGCGCUACCGCCAUCCUCUUUGCCAUCUUCGUCCGUUACGACCAGGAAACCGACGCUGCCAGGUGGCAUUGGGGCAACCACAGUAACGCAGACAAUGAAUUUUACUUUCGCUACCCAAGCUUCCAGGACGUGCACGCCAUGGUCUUCGUGGGCUUCGGCUUCCUCAUGGUCUUCCUCCAGCGUUACGGCUACAGCAGCCUGGGCUUCACCUUCCUCCUGGCAGCCUUCGCCCUACAGUGGGCCACGCUGGUCCAGGGCUUCCUCCGCUCCUACCAGGAUGGCUACAUCCCGGUGGGCAUGGAGAGCAUGAUCGACGCUGACUUCUGCGCGGGCGCCCUGCUCAUCUCCCUGGGCGCGGUCUUGGGCAGGACUGGGCCUGCGCAGCUACUUCUCAUGGCCCUCCUGGAGGUGGCGCUCUUCGGCCUCAAUGAGUUUGUGCUCCUCUGUCUGUUGGAAGUGAGAGAUGCAGGCGGCUCUAUGACCAUCCAUUCAUUCGGGGCCUACUUCGGGCUGGUCCUCUCAAGAGUCCUCUACAAGCCCCAUCUGGAAAAGAGCAAGCACCGCCAGGGCUCUGUCUACCAUUCGGAUCUCUUUGCCAUGAUAGGGACCAUGUUCCUGUGGAUAUUCUGGCCCAGCUUCAACUCAGCGCUCACAUCGAGGGGGGCUGGGCAGCCCCGGACGGCCCUCAACACAUACUACUCAUUGACCGCCAGCACCCUCAGCACCUUUGCCUUGUCAGCCCUGGUUGAAGAGGAUGGGCGGUUGGACAUGGUCCAUGUCCAAAAUGCAGCGCUGGCAGGGGGUGUGGUGGUGGGCACUGCCAGUGAGAUGAUGCUGACCCCAUUUGGCGCCCUGGCAGCCGGUUGCCUGGCUGGGGCUGUCUCCACACUGGGGUACAAGUUCUUCACGCCCAUCCUUGAAUCAAAAUUCAAAAUCCAAGACACAUGUGGUGUUCACAACCUCCACGGGAUGCCAGGCAUCCUGGGGGCCCUCCUGGGGGCUCUUGUGACUGGACUGGCCACCCAUGAUGCUUACGGAGAUGGCCUACAGACUGUGUUCCCGCUCAUCGCAGAGGGCCAGCGCAGUGCCACCUCUCAGGCCGUAUACCAGCUCUUUGGGCUGUUUGUCACGUUGGUCUUUGCCUCCGUAGGUGGGGGCAUUGUAGGAUUCCUGCUCAGGCUGCCCUACCUGGACGCACCUUCUGACUCCCAGUGCUACGAGGACCAGAUCUACUGGGAGGUGCCUGAGGUGCAUGAUGAAGCCCAGGAAGCUCUGAGAAUCGAGGAGGCUGACAGUCAGGCCUGAGCUGCUGCAGCCCCUGCAGGCCCCACGCUUCUGGUGUAAAGUGGUACCUGUUAGGGAGUG